AUCGAAUCGUGCGGAUGGCUUCGUUUUUGGUGAAGAUUUCUCUCGCGCUGCUGGCGGUGGGUUUGGUGACCUUCGGCGUGGCCGCCAGGGCCAGCGCGUCAGAUGACUUACGUGGUGAGUCCAAUUUAGUGCACCGAGUCGUGAGAAGUCCACAGCAGCAACAACCGCACGGGCUGGCCAAUUUCCCACCGCCGCAGUUUCCGUUCGCGAACCCGGAGAUCGUGUCGCAAGAUACGCAGCGUGACCGGAAUGGGUUUGCGCAGACCACCAUCUACAAGUACCCGAACGGAAUGGGAUCGUCGGCGGUGUCCACGAGCUACUCGGGAACGGCGCAGAUCACUGGUUCGCUGCCCGCGGUGCUGCUAGGAGCGGUGGCUUUAGUGCUGUGGAAGCUAUUCCAUUAACUUUAGGGCGUAGUUCGUUAAGG